UUUCCGCCACUGUUUACGAUUAACGAAUGCGCCGCGCGUGCAGCCGACACUUCCUAAAUCAUUCAGAGAAAUCCUGCAAGCAGCUGCCUUUGCUGAAACUCGGGAAUUCUUUGGAUCCGCGUAAAUAAACUGUUAUUACGCUCACCAGCGGCAGAUUCUCCCUGAACCGUAUUACCGUAUUACCUGUUCAGAACGCAGCCACGGUUCCCACCACGGAAGAAGUUUCACACGUAGGCGGAUUCUGUUUUGAAGUACGUUUGAUUUACUGUAAAGCUGCGGACCAGUGCGAGCUGUAACUGACACGACUGACGGUCACUUUUACUCCAUAUUUCACGGGGAAAAACAGUUAGUGCUGCGGUAGCCUGCUGUUUAUCAGGAAGCUACUUCACGCAUAUUCAACGUUAACUGCAGCAGCAGCAGUCCAGCAUGACGGGCAGUACACCAAACUACCUGUGGUCUUUACAAGAUGUCCUCGGUCAAGGGGCUACUGCCUGUGUCUACAAGGCGCGCAAUAAGAGGUCGGGUGAGCUGGUAGCUGUCAAGGUGUUUAACCCAGUGAGCUACAACCGCCCCCAUGAGGUCCGGAUGAGAGAGUUCGAGAUGCUGAGGAAGCUCAACCACAGCAAUAUUGUCCUGCUGUAUGCCGUGGAAGAGCUGCCCACCAAACAGAAGGUGCUGGUGAUGGAGUAUUGUUCAGGAGGAAGUCUGCUCAGCCUGCUCGAGGAGUCAGAAAACGCCUUUGGCUUGCCUGAAACGGAAUUCCUCACAGUUUUGCAGUGUGUUGUGCAGGGGAUGAACCACCUGCGAGAAAAAGGAGUGGUACACCGGGACAUUAAGCCGGGCAACAUCAUGCGGCAGGUCGGGGAGGACGGCAAGUCUGUUUAUAAGCUGACUGAUUUUGGAGCAGCAAGAGAGCUGGAAGAUGAUGAGAAGUUUAUGUCCAUCUACGGAACCGAAGAGUAUCUGCACCCAGACAUGUACGAACGUGCUGUGCUGCGUAAGCCUCAUCAGAAAUCCUAUGGUGUGAGUGUAGACCUGUGGAGUAUUGGUGUGACAUUUUAUCACGCUGCCACUGGGACUCUUCCCUUCACACCGUAUGGAGGACCUCGCAGGAACAAGCCCACCAUGUACAAAAUAACUACAGAGAAGCCUAUGGGGGCAAUAGCUGGAACGCAGCGGGUGGAGGGCGGGCCUAUAGAGUGGAGCUACCACUUACCUCACAGCUGCCAACUCUCACAGGGUCUGACAGUGCAACUGGUUCCAAUACUAGCGGGUAUACUGGAGGCUGACCAGGAGAGGUGUUGGGGUUUUGACCAGUUCUUCACAGCCACCACAGAUUUACUGCAGCGGCAGCCGGUUCACCUCUUCUCUCUGCAGCAGGCCAUGGCGCAUUGCAUCUACAUACACCACUACAACACGGUGUCCAUGUUCUUCGAGGACGUGACGUCUCAGACCGGUAUAGCGGUUCAGCUGCAACAUCUGCUAUACCUUGGUCACAAACUCCCUGUGGAGGGCAACAUGAAGGUGGUCAACCUCCCGCAUACGUCACAUGACCGGCCCCUCAUUCUGCUCAGCGACGGGCCUGAGGAAAAUACCAGCCUGCCCUUCAGAGAGCCCGAGACUCCGGUCAUCCCGUCCCGGUUUGAUGUUAUGGCAGACUACAACUUCUCCAAGGUUAUAGUGGGAGUGGUCCACCAGUAUCUGAGGAUAGUACGGUUGCUGCUCACAGACAGAGAGCUGCUGCUGCAAGGAUACUACAGCUACAUGAUGAGGUUGCGUAGUGAGUGUGAAGAAGCGAUCCACAUUAUCGCAAUGAUCACCAUUAGACUGCAGUCUUGCCUCAGCGUGGAACACAGGACCCACACACUAGGCCAUUAUGAUUCAGAAAACCAAGGUUCAACUGAUGGCAGGCAAAAGCUGCAUCUGGUACGUAAGCACUUGCCUAUAUACGCUGCGGGAAUCCAAGAGUUCCAGAGCCGACUGGAGCAUCUGCAGAUAGAACAGGCCACGCUAGCAGAGACGCUGGCCAGUGACAAGAGCUGUCAGAAGAUGGGGAUGCUGCUGCAAAAGAUAACGGCAAUUCAUCAGCAUUACCGUAAAGACAAACUAACUGGCAAGUUGGCAUAUAACGACGAGCAAAUCCACAAAUUUGAGAAAAUCCACCUGUUGUCCCACAUUAAGCGAGUGAAAUCUCUCCUUCGAGAGGACUGCGUGCUGAGGUACAAAGAGCUUCUGGCCUCAACAAGGACGUGGAGCAGUGUUUUACUGGAGAUGCAGACCAGACUGCAGGACUUCAGCUCUUUCUCCACCGGCUUGUUGGCAGACCUGGAGAUGAGUGAGCAGCACCAAAAUAAGGCUCUGGACAGAAUCCUUCUCACUCUGCAGUCCAAGCCAAUGGGACAACAGCCUGACGUUGCCCCGAGGGACAAGGACCAGAUGGUCUCUAGGAUGCACCAUCUGAAGGAGGAAAUGGGGAUUUUGGUGAAGGAACUACAGUGUAACAACAACAUUAUUGAGAGUCUGGGAACAGUGAGCCCUGCAGCAGCUCUGGAGACGAACUUGGCCAGACCGUCUACCCUGUGACAAAAGUGCUGCAUCCUUACAUCGUAACUCAAAAACACAAACAGGCACUCUGAUUUUUAACUGCCACUCAGGAACAGUUAUGGACAAUGUACUGGGUUUCCAAGGACGGGCUGAAGCCCAGCGCUGUUGGAAGAGGAAGCAGCCGAAGACUGAAUACAGCAGUUCAAUACAAACCUCAUUAAUGCCUUUAGUGUUAUUGUAUUUCUAAUAGGCUGCCACGGUGAUGGACCGUCAGGAUAAAGCAAAAAUGAAUUCCAAGUCAGCUGCUUGAGCAUUUUUCUUCAGGCUGUGUUUCUUCUUUGCCCCACAGAAGAAGCACUGCAAACUCUGGAGAACCUAAAAUGAUUAACGUGACCAGACUGACACUAUAUUUCUCCGUCUCUCUCAUGUCUGUGGUUGUGUGUUUGUUGAAGGCUUGAGACGCCUGCUGUCUUUUUCUUAAUGGUUGAUCAUUUAAAUGGUUUCAUGUGACUUUACUUAAAGUGCAUCAUUGCAAAUUUCAGAGUGAUAGAUUAUGUCAUUGAUUGUCAGCCUUUCCAAGCACACACAACUGUAAUUAUGUGACAUUUGUGACAUUUGUCUCUCUUCCUGCUGAUGUGUAACUUGAAUGAUGAGUUGUUUCUUUGUAUUUGACCGUAGGUUUCAUUGUAAACGAGACAAAAACAGUGGCACUCACGACUCACCAGUCUCCUUUUUAACAGAAGUACACUGUCCAGACAGAAUGAAAAAAAUGACAUUAGCCAGUGUGGCUCACGUGGUGGGGAAAUCCCAGGGUUUGUUUUUUGUCUAUGAAGGGGUCACAUGGGAAUGCACAAGGUUAGAGAAAAUCAAAAAAUAUAUGCUUUUUACUUUUUACUAUAAACUUUUUUUGCCAUAUUGUUUUAUCUCUCGUUUGUUUUUUUCUUGAGAAAUGAUAUCUCCAUUGAGGAAGUAAUGCAGGCUGAAAAGUGAAAGUAAAAAACAUUUCAUGAGCCCUCUAAUAAGUUUCAGUCUCAACAUACCUCGUGCUCUGAAAAGUCAAUAAGAUCACGAAUGACUUUGACAACAGUAGACUCUCAUAUUCACUCAAAUUACUUCAACAUCACAUUUGUUGUGAGGAGGUGCGACUUAGCUGGGAAGAUGAGAGGUCUCAGAAGUAAACAGAAAACAAGUGAGCUGUUGUGACACUGCAGAGUACAGAGAAUGAAAUUGAAAGU